UUACCAUUUGCAACAGCAUGGAUGGACCCGCCUCGCAGGUGCGCCAAAACUACCACCAGGACUCAGAGGCCACCAUCAACCGCCAGAUCAACCUGGAGCUGUACGCGUCCUACGUCUACCUGUCCAUGUCUUACUACUUUGACCGCGACGAUGUGGCUUUGAAGAACUUUGCCAAAUACUUUCUUCACCAAUCGCACGAGGAGAGGGAGCACGCGGAGAAGCUGAUGAAGCUGCAGAACCAGCGGGGCGGCCGCAUCUUCCUCCAGGACAUCAAGAAACCAGACCGCGACGACUGGGAGAACGGGCUGAACGCAAUGGAGUGUGCGCUGCACUUGGAAAAAAGUGUGAAUCAGUCACUACUGGACUUGCACAAACUGGCCACUGAGAAAAAUGACCCUCAUUUGUGCGACUUCAUUGAGACGCACUACCUGAAUGAGCAGGUGAAAUCCAUCAAAGAACUGGGCGACCACGUCACCAACCUGCGCAGGUUGGGGGCCCCUGAAGCGGGGAUGGCCGAGUACCUCUUUGACAAGCACACCCUGGGGGACAGCGACGAGAGCUAAGCCUUGGCUGCUUCCCGUGGCCUCGGGGCGACUUCCUGGUCCCCCAAGCAGUACUGCAUGUUGGAGCUACCUUUACCUUUUCUAUAACUUGUACCAAAUCAUCC